UCAAUUGGUCCGCUACAACCAAGUGCAGACGAACUUUUUACACUUUGUUGCUAGCCGAAGUUUCAAAUGUAUUAUCACGUGAAUGAAAGAUAAAGGUAUACACGGGUGCUGUGGAGAUCGUAUCAUUGUGGACUUUAGUAAGAUGAGUUUGCCAUUUGAACUUCCAGUAGAUUAUGGAGAUGGAAACCUGUGGAUCUCCAUGGCAACUAUUGUAUUCAAUCCACUGUUUUGGAAUGUUGUUGCACGGUGGGAAUAUCACACACACAAGUUAACUCAGAUGGCAGGUUCCGCUAAGCUGGGCUGCAUAGUGCUUGGAAUAACUAUCUUUCUUCUUGGUGUGUUUAGAGACUGGAGGUACAAAAUGAUGCUGGAAACACAGCCACGGUCUAUCAUGUUACAUGAAAACUGGAUUCUCUACCUGGGUUAUCUCUGUCUCGUAUGUGGCACAUUACUAACACUGUCUAGUUUCUGGAGGUUAGGAUUUUAUGGAACAUUUCUCGGUGAUUAUUUUGGAAUCCUCCAGAAAGAAAAAGUCACUGGAUUUCCGUUUAAUAUUGUUGAUAAUCCUAUGUACAUUGGAUCCACACUGAAUUUCCUUGGCUUCGCGUUGCUAAAAGCUUGUCCAUGUGGAAUCGUGCACACCAUCCUGGUUGGUCUUGUGUACAAAGUAGCACUGCUGUUUGAAGAGCCAUAUACAGCCUUCAUAUAUGACAAGAAGACAACAGAGAAAGCAAAGAAGCUUUAAUCCUAAAUCUAUUUAGAUCCCAAGAACUCUAUGAUAAUAUAUAACUUAACCAAGAUUUAAGGAUCAAAGUGCAGUGUUCGAGAUUAACGGUAUCCCCGAUAUUCCCGGGGAUACCAGAAUUUAAUUUUGGAUACCAGACUUCAAUAACCCAGUAUCCCACCGGGAUACCAUAUAAUGUUGUUUUUUGU